AUGCCAGGGCGAAUUUUGUCCUCCCUCUUGGGCAGUGACGAACCGCCUGGUUUCGACAGCCAUGUUUGGCAAACUUGCCGUGCACCUCAUUUCCAACCAGGCUUUGAAGUGAAGCUUCCUCGUCAUGAGCACUGGUACGACUUUGUUUCCUUCAAGAAAAAAAGGAGAGGCAACGAUAUGAACAAGUGUCUUUGUCCAGUGCUGGGUCAUUGUGUGCCCGGCUUUCAAUGCCCGCUGGGGGAGCACAUCGACAGCUCGAAGUGCUUCAAGACAGUCUCCGUGAAAUACCCUCCAGAUAGCGCGUACCAAAAUUGCAUGAAGAACAAGGAAGAGGAUCCAACGAAGAAAUGUCACUUGAAGAUCUUGGAAGAUCUGAAGAUACGGACUGGUGGUUGGAUGUUUUCUGGUGGUGAGGACCAUCCAAUUGCUUGGAAGGUGAAGGGCCUGGCCAAAGAUGCCGGAGUCAAACGAGGCUAUGAGCUCAUCGCCAUUGAUGGCAACCAAGCUGACUGGCGGGAGCCUGGCAUGAAGGCGUACUUGAAGGGCUUAAACUGGAACACCCCGCCGCGCAAUGCGGCGAUGGAAUGCGAACCUGGAGAUGGUUGCAAGACACCGAUCGUUUGCUAUAACAAGCCUCCUCCACCACCUCCACCUAUACCACCUCCUCUACCUCUUCCAGGCCUGGGUGAACCGGCCGCCCCCGUCUCCUUACAGCAGAUUGAGGCGCCUGUCCAGGAACCGGGAAUGCCAGCUUCCGGAGGACCAGGUCCCCCAGCCCUUGGACCAGGUCCCCCAGGCCUUGGACCAGGUCCGGCUGCACCUGUGGAGGCACCGCUGGAACCACCGGCACCACCACCAGUUCCUUGCUAUCCAAAUGGCCACAGCCUGACUUUCAAGGUCUCUGCUCCUGUGUGGAUGUUCUUUUCAGGGCCGAAGACCACCUGCAAACCUUUCCGCGAGACGUGCUGCUCAGAGGCUUCAACCAGGGGCAAGCCUGAGGACAUUUUUGUGGAAAGCUGCGCUUCCAAGGAGAUGUGCAAGCCACAAGAAAGCUGUGAUAAGAUGCCUGGAAGACCGGGCAUUUGCAAAUACCAGGUCACAGAGUUGAAGGGCGACUACGAUGAAGUGCAAGAAAAUGAGCAGAAGCAGGAAGAAGCUGCUGCCAAAUUAGAGGAGCAGGAACAGGAACAGGAGCAACAAGAAGAGGAAGAAGAGGGAGAAUGA